CCCAUUCCCCUUCCCUUCCCUUUCCUCUACCGACGAUCGAAAUAAAUAUUAAAGAUAAUAGUAAAAUAUUAUCUGAUGUGGUGUCCUUGAUCAAUAAACAGUUUUAAAAAAAUUAGGUAGACAUAUUUAGUUCCCACUAAUUUGAGCAUAUUAGUUUGUAUUACUACAAUGCCAUAUUUUAUUAAUUAGUUAUAAUACAAUGUGAUAUCACCGUCAUACCUAAUACAGAGAAGAAAGGAUGGAUAUUUGUACAGUCAAUUAUAUAUGGCAUCCGAGGUGCUUUUUCAACAUAGCUUUGUUCUUCUUGUUCAUAUUGUUGUGUUGAGAAGGACAAUUAAUUGUGAAACUUGAAAGAGGUGUCAGGUUGUUAAGGAGGCUAAAGAAUGAACGACUGGGCUGCUCCGAUCAUAGCCACGGCGCUCUUUGCAUUUCUAUCGCCGGGACUGGUCUUUCAAAUGCCUGGAAAGGAUCGACCGGUGGAUUUCUUGAACAUGAAGACUAGUGUAGUCUCUAUGAUACUCCACACUGUCCUCUACGGUUUGCUUCUUAUUUUGUUCCUUGUUAUUCUUAAUAUUCAUCUCUAUGCCUAAGAAGCUUGUUCAAAGGCUAGUUGCAGAAAGCAUAACUUUUUGUUCACCUUAUUUUACUUAAUUUAGUCUGCUUAUGUUUGUUGUGUUCU